AUGACCAGUGGCACUGAGGGCAUCCUCAGCAAGUUUGCUGACAACAUCCAGCUGUGUGGUGAUGAAGACUUUUUUAAAAUUAAAAAACCAUCCUUCAAUGAAGUCAUCUUUAGAAGUCAGAAGAAGGAAAGCCUACUGCCUGCGCAGACAGAGACUGAAGAAAGCAAAAGAAUCUGUCAGUUGGAGCCUGGAACUGGCAACAGCGAAGGCACUCGUGAAGAAGAGGAAGAGGAGAGCGCACAUUCUUCUUCACUGAGUGAGGACUACAACAGUUCAAACUCUGAAAAUGAAUCCAAGUCUCCACAGAGGUGGAAGGAUUUAUCACCAAAUCAUACCCCCAGUGCAGCUUGUGUUGAGGCUGCUCGGAGGAAACGUCACUUGGCCAGGACACAGGCUGAUUAUCUUCCACUGGAU